CAUUGCGAAUGCCCUGGCCAGUGCAAUCUGUGAACGAUGUAAGAGUGGCUUUGGUCCAACUGAGAAGAUUGUCAAUAGUAAUGGAGAGCUGUACCAUGAGCAGUGCUUCGUGUGUGCCCAGUGUUUCCAGCAGUUUCCAGAAGGGCUCUUCUAUGAGUUUGAAGGAAGAAAAUAUUGCGAACAUGACUUCCAGAUGCUCUUUGCUCCUUGUUGCCAUCAGUGUGGGGAGUUCAUCAUCGGACGUGUCAUUAAGGCCAUGAACAACAGCUGGCACCCCGAGUGCUUCUGCUGUGACAUUUGCCAGGCAGUGCUUGCAGAUGUUGGAUUUGUUAAAAAUGCUGGCAGGCACCUGUGCCGCCCGUGCCAUAACUGUGAGAAAGCUCGAGGCUUGGGCAAAUAUAUCUGCCAGAAGUGCCACGCCAUCAUUGAAGAGCAGCCGCUGAUCUUUAAGAACGACCCGUAUCACCCAGACCACUUCAACUGCAGCAACUGCGGGAAGGAGUUGACGGCCGACGCAAGAGAACUGAAGGGGGAGCUCUUCUGUUUGCCGUGCCACGACAAAAUGGGCGUGCCAAUCUGCGGUGCCUGCAGGAGACCUAUAGAGGGGCGCGUUGUCAACGCCAUGGGGAAACAGUGGCAUGUGGAGCAUUUUGUGUGUGCCAAGUGUGAGAAGCCUUUCCUGGGUCAUCGCCAUUAUGAGAGGAAAGGUUUGGCUUACUGUGAGACUCACUACAACCAGCUUUUUGGCGACGUCUGCUAUCACUGCAACCGUGUGAUUGAAGGUGAUGUCGUGUCUGCUCUUAACAAAGCCUGGUGUGUCGGAUGUUUCUCGUGCUCCACCUGCAACACCAAACUCACCCUCAAAGAUAAGUUUGUUGAAAUUGACCUGAGGCCAGUGUGCAAGCACUGCUAUGAGCGCAUACCCGAGGAGCUGAAACGCCGCCUGGCUCGACGUGAGCGCGAAGCCAAAGAUCGCAAGAAGCAGCCUGCUGUCUGAACAAGUUUGUUGAAUUUGACAUGAAGCCUGUUUGCAAAAAGUGUUAUGAGAAG